AUGGUCUCUGCGGUCAUUUCAAGAAAGUGCGACGACGACGACGACGAGGGGAGUGCCAAUUGUCGCACCACCUCCCUCACGUACAAAUAUGAUUGGCAUUCCACCGAAUCAAUGCGAUUCGGGCGUCUUGUGCGGCGUCGGACACUUCAUCCACGUGUCUCUCCACUCGGGCGCCAUGAGGUGCUCUGCAUUUUGGCCUUUUUGCUUGGUUAUCCAGUGAUGCAUGCCCUUAUUAUACUGGUGGACGCCAGGAUGACGAUGAUGUCUCAGACUAUUUUUCACCAUCGGCCGUGUACAAUGACGUUGCUGAUGAGCCUUCCAGCACCUGCAAAGCUGUUUCCCUCACCGUGA